CCCUCAACUGUAAACAACAAACCGCGGGACACUCAGCACCACCACCACCACCACCGCCAGGACCUAGCGCGGCCAGCAUAGGGCCCUAAAGACACCCCGGCACACCUGUUUUACUUCACAAGACAGAACACCUCACCGGAACCUUACCUACCUGCAGGCAGCACCUUCAGGGCACUCUAACCCUUGGCACUACAGACCGCACGGCCCCAGUGCAGUGCCCUCACAUCCUCAACACCAACAACACUACAAGGCUCAGGAGGUGCUGAGUGUUGGGACACCAGUGACUGGCCGUGUUGGCGGCGCUGACCAGCCUCACACACCACACAGGGCACCAGCUACGGCACAUUCAGAAUGGAGGAGGAGUUUGAGGGACGUGUGUGGGAGGACGCUCCAGACACAGAGCCUUUGGAAGAAGAUGAAGCUCUCAGCCCAGCUGAUGUGCAGUCAAACUGUCUGCGUCAGUUUUCCAGCACGGACUUCAUCAUGGAGCCCGGUAUCUCCACUCUCAAAAGGUAUUUCCAGGCUGGUGGGAAUCCAGAGCAGGUCAUUGAGAUGUUGUCUGAGAACUAUCAAGCCGUGGCCCAGAUGGCUAACCUAAUGGCUGAGUGGCUCAUCUUGGCAGGUGCAAGUAUCAAUGACGUGCAGGCCAUGGUAGAGAAUCACCUCAAGCAGAUGAUCCUUAAAACAUUUGACCCCAAGAAGGCAGACACCAUCUUCACUGAGGAGGGAGAUGCCCCAGCAUGGCUGACAGAACUCAUAGAACACAGCACGUGGCGGUCGGUGGUGUACCAGCUGGCCGAGGAGUUCCCCGAGUGUCUCAUGCUUAACUUUACCAUCAAGCUCAUUUCAGAUGCCGGCUUCCAAGGUGAGAUAACCAGCAUCUCCACAGCUGCCCAACAGAUUGAGGUGUUUUCACGCAUCCUCAAAACUUCCACUGCUAACUUCCUUCAGUCUCCCGAGGACUCACGACACAAGGCAGUGGUCGAGUUUGCUAAAAUGGUGUGUCACGGGCAGCACACCUACAUCUAUGCCCAAGUGAUGCUGCAGAUCCUCUCACAGGAAACCAAGGGCGGCAACAACAUCCGGCGCCUGCAGCAGGAGAUAACCAAGUAUGCCAUCACCAGUGGCCUGAAUGUUACUCCAAUCCAGCUGGCAUUGAAUGGUGCCAUGGCCCACCCCAGGGCUGCCCAAGCCUUGGCACCCAUGCUGGCCCGCAACGCCCUCAACCCGGCAGACAUCACCGUGCUGUUCAAGCUGUACAGCAGCCCUGAUCCCCCACCAGUGGAUCUCAUCCGUAUCCCACAGCUCUUGGAGCUGCUGAUUGAUGCUCUCUUCAAGCCAGGCAGCAAAGUGAACCAGGAGCACAAGACCAAGUAUUUCUACCUCCUGGGCUACAGCGCCAGUGUGUACGAGACCCCCAAGAAGGGCAACAGACCACGCCAGGUGAAUCGAGAUGACCUGAAGCCUACUCAGCAGGCCAUUGAAAAAGUGCACACCAUCUGCCAGGGUGGGAAGUCUGCCAUGGAGCUCAUCGCCGAGAUCAACACCCUGUACCAGUGCAUCAGGUUUCCUGUGGUGAGUGUGGGUCUGGUGCGGUGGAUUGAGUGUGUGGUGAAGGAGCCAAGUUACUUCAAGCUCUGCACUGAGUCCACGCCAACCCACUUGGCUCUGCUGGAUGAGGUGGUGUCCAUCCACCCUCUCCUCCACAGCCGUGUCCUCAGCCUCCUGGUGGAGCUCUUUGAGUCAGAGUUCCAGGACUUGGAGAUCCUGGUGCAGCUGGAGUUGAGGAAGAUGUUGCUGGACCGCAUGGUGAAUCUGCUCAGCCGAGGGUGUGUACUGCCCGUCAUGGAGUACAUCAAGGGCUGCUCCACCAAGGGUGACACUGACAUCUCCCUCAUCAGAUACUUUGUUCGGGAGGUGUUGGAGAUUGUGGCGCCACCAUACACAGUGGAGUUUGUGCAGCUGUUCCUUCCCCUGGUGGAGAACGAAGACAUCACUGGCUCCAUGAACACUGACAACGACCUGGUGACUGAGUUUAUAGCUCACUGCAAGACCAACUAUUAUGUCAUGUGAUAGGAAGCCAACUCUACCUGUCUCUAUGCUGAUGCCACAUGGCCAGUGUUGUUGGGGGCUGACAGUCAUUGCCACCCCAGUGUGUUGAGGCUGGGGAGGGGAGGUCCAUGUGAAGACACCACCACUCUGCUUGAUGAAGUGUGCACUGUUCAACUGGUGGGGCUUGAUUCUGGCACAGGGUGUUAUUCCACUAUGUUGGUUUGGUGUUCCUCCCUUCUCUGAUCUUUUAUUUUGGCAGGGACCACUGUUUUCUAUGUGUGUGUGUGUGUGUGUGUGUGUGUGUGUGUGUGUGUGUGAGAGAGAGAGAGAGAGAGAGAGAGAGAGAGAGAGAGAGAGAGAGAGAGAGAGAGAGAGAGACUGUGUAGCUAUAAGUGUGUGAGUGUCUACAGUCAUCAUCUCACUUCAUGUAUGUUUAUAUUGUUGUGAAAGGACAUUUUUUAUAUGAAUGCACAUUUUUUUUACCAUUAAUCUCAAGCUAGAGUGAGUAACAAGUUUUGCAUCUGUUACGUACAACUACAUUCAAUCCACUUUGUGUGUCUGUAAUGUAUAUAAUGUCACCCACUUCAUACUACAUAAAUAUUUUGUUUAAGAAGACAUCA